CACCAUGCCCGAGCGAGCACGCAAGAGCAACAGAAAAGCGAGCAAAAAAGCAAGGGAGAAAAAUAAAAUUUCAGCAGCAGCAACCAGCGCCAGCACCGUUCGUUUGCGUCUCGGCUGUGUACACGCGCGACUUCAAAAAGCUGUGAGUGAGAGUGUGUACUGAAAAACCCGCGAUAACAACACCUCCCCGUUUUCCAUCCUCCCCACACGAAAGUCCUUCCAGUGUGUUUUUUGCGUGUGUAUGUGCGUGCGUGUAUGUGUGUUUCGUAUGUAAUCGCGCGCGCUUAUAGCUAAAAAGAACGGGUGGUGUGUCGUGUUGUUUUCCACCCCCGACCCCUGCUAGUUGGUGAUCGUAGUUGUGUGGUGUUUGUAAUUGUGUGCGCGCGAGUGUUCUACGUGGAAAAUUCGUUAAAAGAAACCAAAGUGAUAACACAGCAUCAGAAAAGCCGGAGGCAGCAGCAGAAGCGCCGAGAGAAGAAAAAAAAAACACACACACACACAGCAACCCCCUUCCAAGUGGACUGCUUUUGCACGCGUGUGCGUGAGUGUGUAUGUGAAAGUGCAUACAAGUUGCAGCAGCGGUGCGCAGAAAGGCACACGACACGGAUUGGCUUCGGAGCUUCGCACAUCGUCGUAAUCUAAUCCCGUUCGGACGUCGGCGUGUUGCUUCCGUCAAGCUCGUACGGCACCGGACCGGACGAGAUAAAUCGUUGUUAUUCCUUUCUAAUUAAGAAAUUGAAAAGUGUAGCGCGGCGCAGUCCCCGAAACGUGAAAGGCGCACGAAGACAAACAGGAGCUGCGAGCCGAACGGACGCACGCACGGCGAAGUACACAACGCAACGCAUAAACCUCAUUAAAAGACAACAAACACUGCUGGGCAAAGGCAAGAACGAGAGUCAUCAACAACAAAGCAACACUCACACACAACUAAAAAAACACCCCAGAAUCGAAGCGCUACAAGACGCGUAUUCACAACCGGCACCGGCACAAUUCGAAGGCGGGAAGAGCAUUUGGAACAACCAUUUUGGGAGGGUGCUUUAAUCAUUUCUAUUUGCGCUGAAGCCACCGAGCCUAACCGCCAGGCCACUUGUCUGCUGUUUGUUUGCGGCCGAACCAAAACUUCCACCCCCGGGGGCGCGAACCGUGAAACACGCGGACACGGUGCAAAUAACGCAAGUUAAGAUAAAUUUCUUUUCUUCCUCGUCGAGUAGCGCGAGGUAAAGCAGUUGGCCAGCAGUUUGCUCAUCCCGACGCUUCGCGGACGCGGAGACAAAAGGACAAGCGCCUCGUACAUCUCUCAUCAACCUUCCGGAUCUCGCGGCACACCCGUCCCCAGGAGAGUAUUCACCACCUGUCCAAACACCCGCCUGCGCCCCCAUCAAACAUAUACACACAGCCAGAAUGGGCAAGCAAAACAGCAAACUGAAGCCGGAGGUGCUGGAGGACCUGAAGCAGAACACAGAAUUCUCAGAUGCUGAGAUACAAGAAUGGUACAAAGGCUUCCUGAAAGACUGCCCGAGCGGUCAUCUGUCGGUGGAGGAGUUUAAGAAAAUUUAUGGCAACUUCUUCCCCUACGGCGACGCCAGCAAGUUCGCUGAGCACGUGUUUCGGACGUUCGACGCCAACGGAGACGGUACGAUCGACUUCCGGGAGUUCCUGUGUGCACUGAGCGUAACCUCGCGCGGCAAGCUAGAACAGAAGCUGAAAUGGGCAUUCUCCAUGUACGAUCUGGACGGUAACGGAUACAUCUCCCGACAGGAAAUGCUGGAAAUUGUAACCGCCAUCUACAAAAUGGUCGGCUCGGUGAUGAAGAUGCCGGAGGACGAAAGCACACCGGAGAAGCGGACGGACAAAAUCUUCCGCCAGAUGGAUCGCAACAAGGACGGCAAGCUGAGCCUGGAGGAGUUCAUCGAGGGAGCAAAGAGUGAUCCGUCGAUCGUGCGGCUGUUGCAAUGUGAUCCGCAGGCGCAGUGAGCAAUUCCAUGCCGCGUAACAUGCUCCCCCUACUACACACCAUACACGCAACAAGCAACAAGUGCACCUCAACAGAACAGAACAGACACAGCAUGCUUGAGGCAGACACACUAAACGCGCAACUUCCAACAACAACAACAACAACAAAAAACACACACACAGAAAAGAAACAAACAUCACUUGUACACACAACAACCAAAACAAAAGCAAAAAAGCGUAUAUACAUUAUACAAAACAUAUAAAUAUACCUAUUAAUUUUUCCUUACACACUUCAAACUUAACAUUUAAAAGCAUAUAAAGUACGAGUUGAUAUGAAUCAAAACAAAACAAAACAAACAAAAAAAAACAUCACGCAAAACUAGCUAAACUCCAUCAAAAUUCCUCAAACGUUUUAAUAUAUUGUAAAUUGAGAUAAACAGCAGCAGUAGCAAGAGAGCAUCGGUGGAAAAUUGAUGAAUGAGAAUUCGUACGAAUUGAUUAUUAAUUAUUAUCGACAAGCUAGUACGGAACGGAAGGUUAACUAUUUUAAAAACAAAACGAAACAAAAAAAACCCAAACAGCAGCAUUGCAGCAGCUGCGACACAGAUAGUUGUAAUUGAUUGAAAGGAAACGUUAAAUAGUUUUCCCCAUUUCUUUCUACUUCUUGAUCGAAAUUUUUAUCUGUCCAAUGUGUGUGUGUGCGUUUGUGGUUUGCGAUUUGAUCGCAUAACCAUUUACAGAAGCAAAUUUAAGCCGACGAAGAAAGAAGAGGUCAGAUAAGGCUACAAAAAUUUAUUAUUAAAAAAAACGUUACGCGCACUUAAAGCAUCACGUUGAAAUUCUCUUGUAUAGUUCUUUCCCUAUUGCUAACCUAAUUCAGCUAUGAUUUUCACACUAAGAAGCGUAAACAUUUUUUUCCUUUGUUUUGAGCAACGCGUAAUGUGACUUCCUUCUUUGUUUAAUCUCAUUGACUAAUUGAGUAAAUAAGUAAUGCUGUUUUAUACUGUUUCGAUAAUCUCAGGAUUCACGAAUUUCAAAGCACACACUUAGGGUUAGGGAUUGAUUCGCCAGCGUAGGAUUUGUUUCCUUCUUGGAUUUAUUUCAUUACAAAAUUGUAUCGCCAUCACGUGCCACCUUUACCAAACUACAUGAAACACAAACAAAUAGCCGCAAUAGCAAUAGCAAUUCGGGGCGGGCUAACGUAAACACCAUUCACAACAACAACAAAAAUACACACAAAACGUGCAAACUUGUAAAUUUUUCUUUGCCUUUUCCAUUCUGUUUGGUGAUGCUUUCCUCCGUUACAUUGUGUUGAGCCAUGGCCGAUGCUUUCGGUAAGCGCUGGAAGAGGUACGGGAUUUGUGGCAAAAAGGCGGGUACGGGUGUGACUGUAGCUCCAGACAUUGCACCGACUAGUCUUAAACAUGCCCAAACAAAAGUCCUUUAUCUCUUCAGCACCACAGCAGCAGCAGCAGCAGCAGCACAUUGCCGAUCUAAUUAAGCCCACUUCUGUUAACACAUUAAGUUCUGAGUCAAUCGUGAUGACUGUUGCGUUAGCAGUACAUUAAUUCAUUUCAUUGUGGUGUGAUCGGUGUUGUGCUAUAUGCUCAGGCAAGCCAACAGAAAAGCUUCGCAUAACUCAACUCAACCACAAACAACGAUUAGCGAAAGCAUCGCAAACAGAACGAAGCAAAAAAAUGGAAGAAAAAGAAAGAAGCGUCUAAUGAAACAACACCGAACGAAACAUCAACACAAACACAAGCCCAACCCGCACACACGAAUCACACGAAUCACACCUCAUAAGCCUAACGACAAGAACUACAAUACAGAUAAAUGGAAUUUAUCGCUGCCUCCGCGAACUCACCUAGCAAAACAACAAACGCCCGAUGGAUCAAUGGCGCGCAAGAUAUGCAAGAGUAGCAGUGAGAAUUUAAUGCUCAAACCACACUCACUACGCCCACUCACUCACUCACUCACUCACCUACGAGCGCAAAACCCCGUGUAGCAAAGUAGUAGUCGUGGUGGUAAACGUCAGCGCGGGCAAAACAACAGAACUGUCAAAACUGUCAGAAUUGUAGGAACUCACCGGAAAUAAUCGAAUCGAAUAAUCAGCUUGUGUGAUUCAAUUCGAAAACGAACAAAAAAACACCACCGCUCCAGC